AUGACCGCCGGCGCCUCCAUCGACGCCCCUCUCCGGCCCGCCCUUUUCAAAAACUCGGGCCUGCCAAAGUCCGACUCUUCCGUCUCCACUAGAGCUCCAUCCUGCAAAUCCAUCCGCGUCACCGGCGCCCAUCCUCUCGGCUCUUUGCACGUACACCAGCCUGUCGACUCCUCCCUGUCGCAACAAGUCACCAUGGACCCCAACACCGUCCCCGACGACGAUGAGCCCCCGCCUCUGGCACCCAUCGAGUUUCUCGAUGUCGCCGCCAGCGCGAACCAGCAGGCCUCUCCUCAGCAUGAGCACCAACUUGGAGGAGGAGAUGUUGUCCUCGUCAUGGACUUGCCUGCUCACUUCACCGUAGGCUACGAUUCUAUCUCCUUCACCGCCCGCGAGUUUGUCGGCGUCAGAGACAUUCCUCUCGGUCCGCACUUCUUCUGGGUCUCGGAGACGGAGGCCAGCACUACGCGCUCCGGUUUUUGGAUCAUCAGCACGGCCGUCGAAAAGAUCCACGUUAUGCAGUGGGACAAGUUCAACGAGGUCAUCGGCGAGCCCGCCAGCCAGGUCGAAGCCCGUUUCCAAAAGGAUAAUAUCCAAGACAUCUACCCCAAGUUGGCUCCCUACCAGAUCCGCGCUCUCAAUGCCACCGUCAAAUCGGCUACAUCCGGUUCUUCCAGUCCCGAACCCGAGUUCGCAAGAAACACCAACAUUUGGCAGCAGCUGACCAACGCCAUCACCGCGCCUCUCUUGAGCAGAAUUACCGCCCGCCAGGCCAGUGACUGGGCUGUGCAUACCUCGGACCGCGUGAGGGGGGCGCUUAUGCUUCCCGCUGAGCUCGAGCUUGAAAAGAGAAUGCCCAGUGUUGUCGCGAGCACAGAGUUGAACUUUACCUUUAGCCAGGGCGCCAAAACAUACGAUGCAGAAAGUGUCGGCGCUCAACGUACUGAGCAGGCAGUUGAUGCGACUGCUCACUUGCUUUCCAGCGGUGUCACCGACGAUGCCGUUGUCGGUGAGCUCCAGUUUGCCUUCAUUGUCGGUAUGCAUCUUGGCAACGAGGCGUGUAUCCAGCAGUGGUGGCACAUGCUGGUCUCCAUCAUCUUGAAGAGCUACACACUGCCUCUCAAGCGCCCAGAGCUGGCCCGCUCGCUCUUGCAGACUAUCACGGCUCAGCUUGUCUAUAACGAACGCUACCUCGAUGGGUCUGUUCUCGACUACGGUCCUUCGUAUGCCCGUGACCUACGCAUGGCCCUCAUUGUCUACAAGCGACGACUCAACGAAGUGCUCCUCGGUCUCAAUUCGCUUGCCACUCCUGAGCAGGCUGCCGUCGGUCAGGCCUUCUCUGAACUCGAGACGUGGGUUUGGAAGUUUGGCUGGGAUAUCAGGAGCGACUACCUCAGAAAGGGUAAGACCAUGCUAGAGGACGGCGAAGAGGUCGAGCUUGAGAUGGACGACCUUGAAGCUGAAGAUGAACGUGGCGAGUUCGCUGCUGUGGUUGUUGAACUGGAUGAGAGCGGAAAGCAGAAAGACCUUGUCUCAUGGGAUUAG